AGCUUCCUGUCAGCGACAGCAACCAGGCUGUUUUUCUGCACUCCGAAAUGAUGAAAUAGGAUUAUUAACUUCUCGUGAGAUGCUAUGGCUGAUAAAGGACAGCCUCAUUGGUCUGAUGUUCUGAAAAAGAGGCUAGCAAACUCCAACAAAGAUGAGAAAAGUGAAGAAGAGAAGAAAGCAGAGGUAACCGAACUGUUCUCAAAGUUUUACACCGAGUGGAGGGGAGGGAGCAGCAAUGACCCGUCCUACAAGACCAUCCCCCGGUUCUACUUCAAGCUACCUGCAGAAGAUGAGGUGUUACUUCAGAAACUGCGAGAGGAAUCCAGAGCUGUGUUCCUUCAGAGGAAGAGCAGAGAGCUGCUCGAUAACGAGGAGCUGCAGAACUUGUGGUUUCUGCUUGACAAACACCAAGUGCCCCCAGUGAAUGGAGAGGAGGCGAUGAUCAACUAUGAAGCCUACCUCCAGGUGGGGGAGAAAGCUGGGCCUAAGUGCAAAAAAUUUUUCACAGCCAAAGUGUAUGCCAAGCUACUCCACAAUGACCCCUAUGGCCGGAUCUCCAUCAUGCAGUUCUUCAACUACGUCAUGAGGAAAGUGUGGCUUCAUCAGACCCGAAUUGGCCUGAGUCUGUACGACGUGGCAGGACAAGGUUACCUCAGAGAGUCGGAUCUGGAGAAUUACAUCCUGGAGCUGAUCCCCACCCUGCCUCAGCUGGACGGGCUGGAGAAGUCCUUCUACUCGUUUUACGUCUGCACCGCCGUACGCAAGUUCUUCUUUUUCCUCGACCCUCUUCGAACAGGAAAGAUAAAAAUCCAAGAUAUCUUGGCCUGCAGUUUUCUGGAUGACCUCUUGGAACUCAGAGAUGAAGAGCUGUCCAAGGAGAGCCAAGAGUCAAACUGGUUCUCGGCUCCGUCGGCUCUCCGGGUCUACGGUCAGUACCUGAACUUGGAUAAAGACCACAACGGCAUGUUGAGCAAAGAGGAGCUGUCCCGUUAUGGCACGGCCACGCUCACCUCCGUGUUCCUGGACAGAGUCUUUCAGGAGUGUCUCACCUACGAUGGGGAAAUGGACUACAAGACCUAUCUGGACUUUGUGUUGGCCCUUGAAAACAGGAAGGAGCCCGCUGCAUUACAGUAUAUUUUUAAACUCUUGGACAUGGAGAAUCGGGGAUACCUCAAUGUCUUCUCUCUCAACUACUUCUUCAGGGCCAUCCAGGAGCAGAUGAAGCUGCACGGUCAGGAGCCCGUCUCCUUCCAGGACGUGAAGGAUGAGAUCUUCGACAUGGUGAAGCCCAGAGACCCGUACAAGAUCACACUGCAGGACCUGGUGAACAGUUGCCAGGGCGACACAGUCGCCAGCAUCCUGAUCGACCUCAACGGCUUCUGGACCUACGAAAACAGGGAGGUGCUGGUUGCCAAUGACAACGACGCCGGCAACACAGCCGACAUGGACGACACUUAAAGAAGAGACCGGAGAAAUCAGCCAGACUCCAAAGAGGACGGCAGUGGUGUGAAUCCAUGACCAUCUGGAGGCAACUCUCAGCUCCUCAUUUUACUGUUCCUGUUUUUUUAAAUGCCCCCUUUCAACUGUUUCUAUGUGUCUGUUUCCUUCUGUAGUGUUGGAAAAACAUCCUUAUUUAUUGUAAUAAGCACUGUUUGUAACCAUCUUUGCCUAAUAAUUAAAUUCUUACUGUAACAUUCCCACCUUGUUUUUUGCUGAAUUUUAUUCAGAGUGAGGUUUUAAUUUUAAAGAUGACACAA